GGCGCUCUCGCGUUUCUCUUCGACCAGAGUCACUUGUUGUUUGUGUAAAGUGGUGUGUUUCAAAACACGAGGAUGCGAACGUUGUCAUCCGUCGUCUCGUGUUCGCGGAUGUAAUGGAUGUAACGGGUAAUGUCGAGUAAAAUGAAACGGCAUGUCCCAUUCGACGCAAUUUUUUAGCGGGCUGCUCAUCCUUCUGUUGGCGAUCGCGCUGAGCAAUGGCACGGACACGUACGAGAUCGACUGCAGUAAUCUGCGAAUGGGGCAGUACAUUUGCCCCCAUCCUGAUUACGAUUUCAUAGACCUAAAGACGCAGCAACCUCGCGGUUGCACCAAGGAAAACAAGGCCAAAGUGCUAUGUCUAGCUGCUGAUGGCCUUAUUUGUACAGAAACAAAGAACAACACUUUCAAGAAGGAUAUACCUUGUAAAUGGACAAAUGGAUAUUCAUUUGAGACAUCAUUACUGCUAUCGAUAUUUCUUGGUAUGUUCGGCAUGGAUCGAUUUUACCUUGGAUAUCCUGCUCUAGGCUUACUCAAGCUGAGCACGUUGGGAUUUCUUUUUCUUGGUCAGUUUGCCGAUGUGAUUCUGAUAGCUACGCAAAUCGUAGGACCGGCGGACGGUUCACACUAUGUAAUGCCAUAUUACGGUGCCGGAAUUAACAUCAUAAGGAGCAACAAUUUUACAUACAGAGUACCACAAUAUGACUGCUGAGAGAAAAUAGCAUAUUCAAAGCAAAUUGUAAAUGAGGACUUUUCUAUACACACACACACACACGUGUUUGUGUGUGUGUAUAAUUGUAUACUAACUUCUGCUUUCGUCACA